AAAAUGAAAUUUUAAGUGGUUAGCUUUGCUUUCAUGGCAUGACUCCGUUUAAGUGAGGUUAUGUUAAAUAAUUUGUGGCUAUGUAAACAGUAUUAGUUUUGAUUGAACAAAUUAAUUUAAAUUAAUAUAUUUAUAUAUAAUAUUUAAAUAUAAUUUUUUGUAUAUUAUAUUAUGUUUACAAUUGAUAAGUAACUAUGAAAUUCAUUCUUGACUCGUUAACACAUUGUACUCCACGUAUUGGUAUACUGAAGGAAUUUGAAAGAUUGCCUAAUAUUAUUUAUGAAACGCCACUUCUUCUAAUAUAUACAAAGAGAGGCAGCGUACCACAUUUAACCAAAGAUGUAUUUCAAAUGGUAACGAAACAACAACAUUUAUUAUCCAUCUCACUUCCGUCUACAUUAAAAAUGGAAGAUAGUAUGAAGGAAUUGAAUAUUUCUUUUGCAGAAUUUGUUAGUAUGAAGGAGUAUAUAAAUUUUUUAUCAAUACAAGAUCCUACUGAAGUAACUCCAUUAGGAUUUCAACAAGCUGACAGUAUAUCUGUAUGGUCUAGAACAGGAAAAGUUUUAUUUACUGCAGAUAAAUAUAUGGACUUAGUAGAAACAUUUGAACCUGAUCUUUAUGUUGCACUCUGUGAUGGAAAUAUGCAUAAUUCUGAAAAACGCAUAUCUAAAGCAACAGAUAGAAGUAAGGCUUUAACAGAGCAAUGUUUAAAAAGGCAUGCCGCUUCGAAUAAACUCAAAUUUAAAAGUAUAUUAGGAGCAGUUGAAGGUGGUUAUAAUUUAAAAGUUAGAGAAGAAUCAGUGGAAUAUUUGAAAAAUAAACCAUUGGCCGGUUAUGUGAUAGAUGGUCUACAUGAUAAUGGGCCAGAUGUUAAAAAUAUUAAAUGGGAACAAAUUGAAAAUGUAAUACGACAUACAAUUAAAUUAUUACCUGAGGAUAAAUUACGCGUAUCAUUAGGAUGCUGGAAUCCAUUAGUAAUAUUAGAAUUAAUAAAUUUAGGCAUAGAUAUUUUCGAUUCAACGUAUCCUUACAUAAUUACUGAACGUUCAGAAGCUUUAACAUUUCUGUGUGAUCAUGAUAGUUGCAAGAAUACAAGUCAUAUAUUAACGAUCGGCGAAAAAAGGUAUGCAGAUGAUUUCUCUCCAAUAUGUCAAUAUUGCGAGUGCUUGACAUGUAAAAAUCAUACUAGAGCAUAUUUACAUCAUCUACAUGUUACCAAAGAAUUAUUGGGAAUGAUAUUAUUAAUGAUACACAAUACGCAUUACUAUCUAAUGUUCUUCAAUGACAUACGACAAAGUAUAAAAGAUGAUACAUUCAGUCAAUUUCGAGAUAAAAUAAAUUCCAAAUUUCCAAAAGAAAAUUCAUAACAUGUACUUAAUAAUAAUUAUUUUAAUAAAUCAUUUGACGUUUCAUAUAAAACAGUUCGUAUUGACUUUGUAAUAUUGCAAAAAUUUAUAUGUAUAUUAUGUUGUGUUUUAUUCAGGUAAAAAAUUAGGAUCGAGAUAAUUAUAAGAAGAAUUAUUAAAAUUUUGUGGAAAAUAAUCUAAAUCAUAGCUUUGACUAUACUGUGAUUGUUUUAUUGGAAUUAAUUUGUGCAGUGGAUCGUGCGUAGGAUUCUCAGCUUCUAUUUGAGCCACAGCACAAUCACCACAUAAAUCUAUCCCAUUUUGACAUUCUAAACAAUGCCAUCUUGUACCCUUCAAUGGUUCCUCUCCACAUACUACACACUACAAUAUAGAUUUAAAUUUAGAGAUUGAUACAAACAUAGAUUAGCUUUAUACAAAACAAAGUUUAUUUACCUUAUAUCCAACGUGUUUGUACACAGGAUAUGACUCAUGCUCUUUUUCUGUCUUAACUUGUCUUACUAGUUCUAUCUGUCUCAAUUCCGAAUUAUCAUCUGUGCAAAUAUUUCCAAUAUCAUCCUCCUAUGAAAAUGAAAUGAAAAUUUUAAAGGUAAUAUAGAUAAUAACUAUUAACUUAAGAUAAGAUAAGAACAAAAAAAAAAAAAUCUUUGUAAUAAAGUACUAACGGAUUCUUCAAUAAUUGGUUGUUCUUUACUUUCUUCAUUUGUAACAAAAGAUAAAUCUUGAUGUGGGAAAAAUGUUGAACGUUUAAAUAGCAUAUAAUUAUUUCGUUGAUGACGAUGAUUAAAACCCUUCUUAACGUCAAAUUUUACUUUUGGUCCUCUGCCUGGUAUCGGUAAGCCAGCUCUUAAUAAUUUAAUAAAGUAUUUUUGUACUCUACUGGACACUUGUUUUGGAGUUCGAUUGCCUAUAAAGAGAGUACAUAUGUUAAGAAAUAGCAUGAAUAUAAUAUGUAAAAAGAAACAUAUUCUUAUUUAUCAAAUAACCUAAAGCAUUAGCAAUUUUAGUCCAUCGUCUCAUUUCAACCUCUUCUGGUGGAUACUCUAUCAAUAAUUCUUCUAAACGUCUUUGCUCUUCUAUAGUCCACAAUUGAUUAAAUGUCUCUGGCUUGCUCUCAUCAAAAGCACGUCCUCUUACUAAAAUCUAAAAAUAUAAUUAAGUCGUAUCAUAAGAAUACAUUGAAAGAUCAUAAUGCAUUUUAUUAAAAGGAUUAUAACCUUUCCAUUUUCUUGAUCAGUUUUAAUUUGUGUUUGUGGAAGUAUAUGUCCAUGUCUUGUUUGUGGCCUCAUACGUGUGUCAGGCAGUGCUAUGUUGUAUUGUGCCCAAUCAAUAUAAGGAAUAUCAGCAAUCUUUUGCGGACUUGGUAAUUCUGGCAAAUCCCCACUCUGUAAUUGUGCUACAAAAGAUAUUGGAUCCUUCAUGGCUUUAGAACGAGCUGCUAAAAGUUUAUCUAGAUCCUCAAUAGCCUGUGUCCUUUGUGCUUCCAAUAUAACAAUGGUUUUUAAAAGAGCAGUAUAAUUCUUAUUACCCUUUAAUGCCAAAUGAUCUGAUUCAAAAUAAAAUUCUCUUUCCUCGUCAUCCUGACACUUUUCUUCUUCUUCUUCCUCCAUUAUUUCAAAAUAUAUAAAUGAUAACGCUAAUAUAAUAGAAUAUAUACAAAGCACGUUUCUAUUCUAACCUAAAAUUCUUCGACCGCGUGCGAUCAGCUGACAAGAUCUUAAAUCACUGAAUCUCAAAGAAUAACAAGUACCCGCCAUUUUUGACCAAUCAGAGUCAACUAGUACGUUCGCGUAAGUGCCUAUUCACGGUCAUUUUCAUUCAAUGAAAUUAAAAGAACUAAAAGAAUCUUUCAUAUACAUUGUCGUAGAAUUGGAAUAAUGAAGAGGAAAGAAAAAAAUUAAUAUAUCACUAUAAUUUUUAAUGUAUUAUCUUUUUAAUAUUUUAUUGUACAAAUAUUUGUAAAAUGUAAUCUUUAGAUUAAAUUGAAGUCUCAGCGAUCCAUAAAGUAGUCGCGUUAUCUUGAUGAACUAUCUUAUGA